CCCAGAUCAACCGAAGCCAGCCAGCCCACCCGACGGCAUUCUCCCCUCCGGCAAGCUCCGCGCGAAACCCUAGCCAGCCCCGCCGGCCGCCGCCGCCGCCGCCGCCCCCCUCCCGUCCACGCUCCACCCGCGACUUCCCGAGGCCACUCCGGCCACCGGAAGCCAUGGCGCAGAGGGCGGCGGGCGCGCUUCUGCGGCGGUCCCUCGGGCUCGCGCCGCCGACGGUCCCCAGGGCCCUGAGCACCAGCGCCGCGGCGCCGGCCGCGGCCGAGGGAGAGGCGGCGGCCAAGGCGAAGAGGAGCAAGAAGAAGAACCUGUUCGACGUGGUGCAGUUCCUGCCGGACUGGGGCGUCGGCUACAAGGUCGCCAAGACCACCUGGCGCGACGUCUCCUACCAGAUCACCAAGAUCAACCUCUACAAGGAUGGCCGCCACGGGAAGGCGUGGGGGAUUCGGCACAAGGCCGGUGUGCAAGUUGCUGACGCUCCAAUAAAACUCAGCGGAGUGAACAAGCGUGGGUGGAAGUACAUAAAGACGUCAGAGAAGACGGUGCAGGAUAUCCCCGCAGCAGAGACGCCAGCUGCUGCCACCUCCACUGCUUAAUUCAUUACAGGCUAGAACAUUUGAAGGUGGCAAAACUUGCUCCUGUAGAAGUGUAGCAUUGAACUGUUCAGAUGGUUGGUUGAUGUGCCAUCUCCACUCUUUCGUAGUUUCCAUGCUUUCCAGGGUUUUAGGCAUAGUUGAAAGGGUUUUCGUGUGACCCUGGAUUGUCAUUCACGCCACGCUUUCUUGUUGAAGCUAAAGAUGAUGUAGCGCCCAAAACAUUUGUUUUUUUUAUUUUUUUUACAUUUUUGCAAUGCUGCAUUUCCAUCAGAAACAAGUGUGUCGCCUUGACAUUAGUUUGGUUGGGUGGAUCUCAUGUAAUAAAAGUUGGAUCUGUCUAGGACACAUCUAGAUGUGACAUAGUUAACCUGA